UUCUUUCUAGAAGGGGGGUAUGUACAUAAGAUCUCUACAAUCUGUCCACACUUCAGGUGCCUGUGCUCCACACUUCAGACGCCUUUGCUCCACACUUCAGGUGCCUGUGCUCCACACUUCAGGUGCCGGUGCUCCACACUUCAGGUGCCGGUGCUCCACACUUCAGGUGCCUGUGAUCCACAUUUCAGGUGCCUGUGAUCCACACCUCAGGUGCCUGUGCUCCACACUUCAGCAUCCAAUUGACUGUGAAGAAAUGUCUCUCUACAAGAUAAACUAUGCCAAUGGGUCAUCAGCCUCCGUUUCCAUCAUGGGAAUUCCUUUCGGCGAUUUCGACAGAACAGGGCAUUGGGCCAUCUGGUGCAUUUCCAAAAUGUUUGAGGCUGCACAACUUCAAGUUCUUUUAAAUGGAUUUCUUGAUUACAAACAUAUAAUUGACGAGGACGCAGCACUAUCUAUCAUAAAGCAACAGAUCAGUUUGGAUUCUAAAUUACGCAGUUUGAGUUUAAAGUCACCGAUAAAGCUGAAGUUCGAUUCUGAGAUUAAACAACUUAAGAAAACAUCCGUAGUGUCUGUGGUGAAGUUGAAGAACGAAAACACCGAUGAAAUAUUAGGAGAAAAUGUUAUCAAACUGGUGAGAAUUGGUAGAAAAACGCGCCGGUCCAUACCAUUUCCUGAAUGGUUCCAUGAGAAAUAUUCGUCUUUCAUAGGUACCCCUGGUCAUCCUGGAACCGAAAAAGAAGAGUUACCGAAAAUCCCCCAAAAUGCAUUUGAAUAUAUCACUAGUCCUGGGUAUAGCGACGUGGAUAUGAAUAGACACGUCAAUCAGUCCUCUUACAUCCAGUUUUGCAUGGACGCAGCCACGCAUGCAUCACUGAAUGGGUAUUAUGAUCAUUAUACGAAAGAUAUGUGUUUAUAUCCCUCUUUGCAGUGGACUAUUACUUACGUGGGUGAAAGUCUUGCCAACGAUGAAUUGAAUAUUUUCACAUGGCAGAGCGAAAAUUGUCCUGAGCAGAUAUGUUUUGCAAUGUUAGUCAAUGGUCAAAAAAUUAUUUUUCAUGCAUCAACCAUAUUUGGGAAAGAGGCAGACGAACCCCGCUUCCAUCACAAAUUGUAAACUUCAGAUAAUCUUUACAUUCGAUGUCUGCUACAUACUGGGUUUUUAUGCCCCCGAGAUCGAAGAUCGGGGGGCAUAUUGUUUUUGUCCUGUCUGUCAUUCUGUAAAUCUGUAAUUCUGUCAUUCUGUCUGAAACUUUAACCUUGCUAAUAACUUUUGAACAGUAAGUGAUAGAGCUUUGAUAUUUCACAUGAGUAUUCCUUGUGACAAGACCUUUCCGUGGGUACCAACAUUUUUGACCCCGUAACCUUGACCUUGGAGUUUGACCUACUUUUUGAAAACUUUAACCUUGCUAAUAACUUUUGAACAGUAAAUGAUAGAGUUUUGGUAUUUCCCAUGAGUAUUCCUUGUGACAAAAAUUUUCCGUGGGUACCAACAUUUUUGACCCCGUGACCUUGGAGUUUGACCUACUUUUGAAAACUUUAACCUUGCAAAUAACUUUUGAACAAUAAGUGAUAGAGCUUUGAUAUUGUAUAUGAGUAUUCCUUGUGACAAGACCUUUCCAUGGGUACCAACAAUUUUGACACCUUGACCUUGGAGAAUGACCUACUUUUUGAAAACUUUAACCUUGCUAAUAACUUUUAAAUGAUAGAGCUUUGAUAUUUCACAUGAGUAUUCCUUGUGACAAGACAUUUCCAUGGGUAUCAAACCUUUUGACCUUGACGUUUAACUUAGUUUUAAUUUUUUUUUUUACAUUGGUCAUGACUUCUAAAUGGUAAAUAUUAGAACUUUCAUAUUAUACAUGAGCAUUUCUUUUGACAAGAUCUUUCUACUGGUACCAAGAUAUUUGCCCUUGUGACCUUGGCCAUCUUUGGAAUUGGCCAUUAUCGGGGGCAUUUGUGUUCCACAAACACAUCUUGUUUUUUUCUUCCUGUUUUACACUCUCUGUCUGCUAUGUACUGUUUAUUUUUCUUCCCCUAUCUUUUAACUCUGGUAGAACUAAUGUUAUAUAACUGAUAAAUUGUUGAGUGUGGCGGAAAAUAUCAAUCAAUCAACAAUAUUCUUUUAUAUAUAUAAUACAUUAUUGAAAAUUUAUCGUGCAAUAGUAAGUAUCCAAAUAAAAGCAUAAAUCACAAAUACACAGUAAAAUAUGUAAUAAUUUUUUAGAUUUGUUUUCUUUUGCUGUACUGGCCGAAGAUCACAUACGUUUGUACCAGAUAAAUUGUCCAUAUAUCUGUAUUCAGUAAAAACAAUUCUUAGUGCUUUGAAAUGUGACUUCUUUUAUAGGUUUGGUCUAUUUCGAUGCGACUGUGUAUACAGAUACAUAAUGCUGUUUAUUGAUCCUUUGAUUUCAAUGUUGACACAAAUAUCAAUGAAAUUAUUAAACUAUAUCAUUAUCACUAUGUUGAUAGAAAAGCGGCUCAUUUGUCACCUCAAUGAACAGGCUGAAAAGGUCCGCCUUGCCUUUCGCAAUGAAUGUCCUAUAACUUUAGAAUUUGCCUAUGAAGGGCUGCCCCCCCCCCCCCCCCCCCCCCCCAUAUUACACUUGGCAUGAUGGAUAUGAUAUGAUGGAUGUCAAUCAUAUUUCUUAUCAUGAAGAUAAGAUGCGCCUUAACUGAUCAACAUUUGGGCCUGCAGUACGGUCCUCACUCUUGUUAACUUCUUAUUAUAAAGACAAAAUCCGCCUAAAGAUUUGCAGCCCUUUUUCCGGUGUCUCUCUUAGGGUUUCUGGUGUAUUUGGAUUGAUUCCGAAUUCAACUGGAUGAAAAUUUGGGCGACAUUGGGGAUAACAGAUUAGAUAGCCGAUAUGUAAUUAUAACGUUCUGAAAAAUCAAAACGUUGAAAUUUUUUAAAUGAGUUAUCUUUCUUUGCUUGAAAAGUUUUAAAAUUUUCUUUGUGGAUUUUGCAAGUAUUUUUAUACCUCUGUAUUCUGUAUAUCAGUAUUUCCCCCCAGAAAGAAGUGGUAGAAAGGGAACUCAAUUGGGGUGGUCUAGUGGUUAGGACUUUGCUUCGUUACCGGGAAGUACCAGGUUCGAUUCCCGGCGCCGCUUCAGAUCUAAGACAUCUGACAAUGGUUGUGACUGUUCCUUCGUCAGGUGCCUAAUAAAAACUUGCUUAAGGUAGCUACUGAUAGCUAGCCCCUAAAAACUGCUCAUUGGAUUUUUCUCAAUUUUAUUUAUUAUAAUAUUUGGACUUUAUCCUAAAACAUAUUAAAAAAUCAACAUAAGUAAUCAGGUUAAUUUUGGAGGAAAAUGAGAUUGAAAUCCCCUCUUUUGCAGCCUCCAAAGGCAAAAAAUGCCAAAAUUGAGGAAAACAACACGGAGGCCAAUAAAAAUGUUAUCGACACCAGAAAUGUGUUUCAUACAUGUAUAUAGUUAUGUAAGUUAAACGCACACGCACACACACACACACACACACACACACACAAAAUCAACAUCAAUUAGAAAUUCAAAAUGCACCUAAGGAAAACAUUGGGAUGAUCUGACUCCUAAAUAUUGGGGGUUUCAGACACGUGCAUGGACGCAGCUACUUGUGCAUCAAUGAAUGGCCAUUGUGAUCAUUAUAUGAAAGAUAUGUGUUUAUAUCCCUCUUUGAAGUGGACUAUUAGCAAAAAAUAUUUAGAACAGAUUCUAGUAUGCUUUACUAUGCUAGUCAGUGGUUAAAAACAGUUUUUCAAAAACACAUCAACAGUAUUUGGGAAAGAAGCAAGCUAACCCCUUCUGUCAUAAAUUGUGAAUUCCAAAAACAUCGGGGACUCGAUUAUCCUGGAUUUAAAUUGUAAAAUAUUUGCAUUCCACGAAAAUUGGUCCAACUAAUUUAAAUGAUCGUGUAAUUGAUUCAGUCGAUUUCAGGGACAGAAUAAGAAUUUUUAAAACUUUUAUUAUUGACACAAAAUACAAAAGUAAGUUUGCUUGAAAAUAUUUUCAUCUCGAACGGCAAGUUCGAGAACACAACGAAGGAAAAUGUUUGACAUUCGAUAGCUUGCACCGCUUCCACUCGGCCAACCUCGGAAUAUUAAUCGUACCUCAUACUAAUGGUUUGAUGUAGGUUCCGGAAUCAGCCGAGGUUGGCCAAAUGGCACCGCUUUGUUUGUGUGAAAUGAUAAGAACAUGGCGACGAGGAUUUCGUGUAUGUUUUAUGUGAUAGUUAUCUCACAUGUCUAUUUUCCUGCUGUGUCAUUUAUUUUGUUACAAAAUUCAAGAAUUAUAUCAAAUAUUGAUUAUCUUAGUUUUAUGUUUUCCUUUCUUUAUAUGUUUUCGAGAAUAAACGGACGAAAUCAG